GCACACCAUCCAAGUAUGUUUAAUUUCUUAAAAAAAAAAUUAUCUGCCAUUCAUAUAAUGUCAUUCCACAAUGAAAAUGAGGAAAUGGAGAAUACUAUCGAACAGCCGCCAAUAAUUGAAGAACAAUCAACAGUUGACGAACCAUUGAUCGAAGAUCGAGAAAUUGUUAUCCCCCAGCCACGUCGCAGUGCUCGCAUCGCAGCCAGGCAGGAGCUGAAACGCAAAUUGAUCGUGGAGGAAGGGCAGCGGGAGGAGCAGCGGAAGAAGCGCUUUCGUGCCGAGCAAAUGGCAAGGGUAAUGCAGAAAGUGGCGCAUGGCAAACCCUGUGUCUGCCUCAAAGUAAACAAUGAAUUACAUUGGCUAUUUGACAUCGAAAUAAAAAACCCUCAAAAUGGAUUAUAAGGAUUGAUGUGCAACACACAGUUGAUUAUUUGUUAAUAUAUUUGAGUUUUAAAAUGAAUUUAACAGACACCCAAAAAAAAUCAUUCGCAAAAAAAGUCGAACAAUAUCAACUAUAUAAAUCUAAAAAACAUCGGAAAAGAAUGCAGUGAACAAAUAUAUCAAGAUCAAAAAUAAUCUCUGCGACAAAAAGAAGUGCCUAUGAACGAAGAGCCAGUAAUCGCAGAAUCAGAAAUCGAAGUAUGCUUAAUCGAAGAUGCAGUAAUCGAAGAUUCAGUUCUGUCCCCUCCUCGUCCACCAUAUCCUGGCGCAAAGGCCAAACUUUGCCUUAGCCUUAAAAAGGAAAAUAAGAUUUGAUGCGUUGAGAUUUUAAGUUGUCAGUUUAUCAAAUAUAAAUAAAUGAAUUCUUCAAAAUGUA